GGACAGACGGCUCUGGGAGAGCUUUUUCCAGAAACUCUCCGGAGCCCAGCUAGGUUUUGAGACCGCCCCACAGGAUUUCUCAAGAGAAGGCACCCCAGCAAUUCUUUUCUUGCCGACUUUGUUCCUUUCUCUCCCGGCGCGGAGACCCACGUACCGCGUGCUCCGAAGGCGGCCACACAUCCCAGCACCCAGCUUCGGUUGCCGCCUCUCUCGGAGGGGAGCGGCUCCAUCCCCCGCUUUCUAGGUCGCCGGUUUUAAGAGAGCACCUAAGCCUAGCGCCCCUGGACCCCCUUGUGACGCUCCCUGUAGAGUGGGAUGAAAAUCUGGGGAGAAUUGUCUUGCCACUGGCAAGAACAGAAUUUUGCCUGAUCUCCGUCUGCAUCCUCCUUUUCAUAAUGUCUUAAUUUCUCCUGUGCACCUCCGAGCCGGCUGCAGCACCGGCCCUCGCGCUUGAAGAGCCCUUUCAGGCUCCGCGGAGGGUACUUCCCUGGGCACUGCUCGAUGCCCUGGGAGUGGGCUCCACUGGGCAGGGACUAUUUUACACUGCUCCAAGCAAUUCACACGACCUCCGGCACUGGCAGCCCUGCUCGCGCAGUACCCGCCAGAGGCGAAACAGAUUAUGUCUACUUUGAGAAUUCCUCAAGCAAUCCGUACCUCAUCAGAAGGAUAGAAGAACUCAACAAGACUGCAACUGGCAACGUGGAAGCAAAAGUAGUGUGCUUUUAUAGACGACGAGAUAUUUCCAACACGCUUAUAAUGCUUGCAGACAAGCAUGCUAAAGAAAUUGAGGAAGAAUCUGAAACAACAGUCGAGGCUGACUUGACCGAUAAACAGAAACAUCAGUUGAAACAUAGGGAACUCUUUUUGUCGCGCCAAUACGAAUCUCUGCCCGCAACACACAUCAGGGGGAAAUGCAGUGUUGCCCUUCUGAAUGAGACAGAGUCAGUAUUGUCAUAUCUUGAUAAAGAGGAUACCUUUUUCUACUCAUUGGUCUAUGAUCCCUCAGUGAAAACACUAUUAGCUGACAAAGGUGAAAUCAGAGUGGGACCUAGAUAUCAAGCAGACAUUCCAGAAAUGCUCUUAGAAGGAGAAUCAGAUGAGAGAGAACAGUCAAAAUUGGAAGUAAAGGUUUGGGACCCAAAUAGCCCACUUACAGACCGACAGAUUGACCAAUUUUUAGUUGUAGCCCGUGCUGUUGGGACGUUUGCCCGAGCCCUUGAUUGUAGCAGUUCUGUAAGGCAGCCUAGUUUGCAUAUGAGUGCAGCUGCAGCUUCUCGAGACAUCACCCUGCUCCCUUGGAAAUCAUUGACUAGCAUCAUUGAAUAUUAUUACAUGUGGAAAACUACUGACAGAUAUGUGCAGCAGAAACGUCUAAAGGCAGCAGAAGCUGAGAGUAAACUGAAACAAGUGUAUAUCCCAACUUAGUAAGUAAUGGAAAUCUUAUAAAAUAUUUGCCAUGGUAUUAAUUCUAUCCAAAACAAAAUAUUUACAUUUUUGUCAUUUUCAGCCAGAUUUGAAUUUCUUUGUGUAUCUUAUUUUCUUCCACUACAAAGCACAAUUUGCUUUCCAUUAUAAUGCCACUGCAGUGAUUUUAUUUUAGAAAGAAAAAUGGCUAGUGGGGGAAACCCCAGGUUGACUAACAAAAGGACCAGAGCAAAAAUGCCAUCAAAGCUUCAGAGAAAGUAUUAGAAAACUAACCUAUGAAAAUAUUAUUUGAAGCAAAUGUGUUUCAGAAAGCUAGCAACUUUUGAGACUUCUGUAUUGUAUAAUGUAUUUUAUUUGGGUAAUGUGCAUUACCCUUUUGAGGUAUGUUUUUAUUUAAUGGAGGAUUUUACUUUGUUUGUUUGGGGAAAGUGUUAGGGAACAUAAUUAGAACCAAACUUUGUAAAUAUUGGAUAAAUAAUGAUAGCUCUUGAUUGUUUCGGAUGCCUAGCAUUCUAUCAUUAUCCUCUGGGUUUAGGAAUUAUUGUAUAUUAAAGUGAAUGCCAGUUUUCAUUUGCUACAUUUUAAAUGAAUUUUCUUUUUUUUGAGGUCAUAAGUUUGACAGUUUAUCUGUUCAAGCAGACUUAGUUUAUUGAGCACCAUGUAUAUACUGCUAUCGUAGGUUCUUUGGGGAUUAAGAUGAAAUUCACUACAAAAUUCUGUGUACUGAUUCAAACUUUUUCAGUAUAGUUAUCGUAUACCUAGCCUUUUCUUUACUGAAUUUCAAUACAUCAAUACAUAUUUUUAAUACAUAAGAGGCCUCAUAGAUGAUGAAUUGUUAUAUUUCUUAUUAGUCUUUUUUCUCAAGGUAGAUAACAUGUAAUUUAUAAGGUCAGUAAUUUUUAUUCAGAGCUAUAAUGUCCUUUGUAAAAUAUUAAAUGUCUUAUUUGACUAAUCUAUAAAAGAACAACUCCCCAAAGAAAACAGUGUUAUGAUUCAUGUGUCUUAGAUUUUCAAAAGCAAGCAUACCAGCAUUCCUACACUUUGCAGUGCUGUCACAUUAAAGGAAAAGUAACUAGUAUUCACCAAAUACCACAAAUAAUUGUUUCUCUUCAGUUUUGCAUUGACUUUGGAGUCUUGAUCUAAGUCGAAGACUAGUCUGUGGGUCAAAUCUCACCUGCCACCAGUUUUUGUAAAUAAAGUGUUUACAGA